AUGAAGAGAAAGAACUUCACAGAAGUGACAGAAUUCAUCUUCUUGGGAUUCUCUAGCUUUGGAAAACAUCAAACGACCCUCUUUGUGGUUUUCCUAACCAUCUACAUUUUAACUCUGACUGGAAACAUCAUCAUUGUGACUAUCACCUGUGUUGACCAUCGCCUCUACACUCCCAUGUACUUCUUCCUGAGCAUGCUGGCUAGUUCAGAGACGGUAUACACACUGGUCAUUGUCCCACGAAUGCUUUUCAGUCUUAUUUUUCAUAACCAGCCUAUCUCCUUGCCAGAUUGUGCAACUCAAAUGUUCUUUUUUGUCACCUUGGCAACUAAUAAUUGCUUCCUUCUCACAGCAAUGGGCUAUGACCGCUACGUGGCUAUCUGUGAGCCCCUGAGGUACAUGGUCAUCAUGAGCAAAGGAAUGUGUGCCAGGUUGGUAUGUGGGUCCUUUGGCACUGGUCUGGUUAUGGCGAUUCUCCAAGUGACAGCCAUGUUUAACUUGCCCUUCUGUGGCACAGUGGUGGAUCACUUCUUCUGUGACAUUUACCCAGUCAUGAAACUUUCUUGUGUUGAUACCACUAUCAAUGAAAUAAUUAAUUAUGGUGUGAGUUCAUUUGUGAUUCUUGUGCCUAUAGGCCUCAUAUCCAUCUCCUAUGUUCUAAUCAUUUAUUCCAUCCUCAAAAUUGCCUCCACGGAGGGUCGGAAGAAGGCCUUUGCCACCUGUGCCUCCCACCUGACUGUGGUCGUUGUCCACUAUGGUUGUGCCUCCAUUGCCUACCUCAAGCCCAAGUCAGAAAGUUCUGUAGAAAAAGACCUUCUUCUCUCCAUGACCUACAUUAUCAUCACUCCCCUGCUGAACCCCGUUGUUUACAGUCUGAGGAACAAGGAGGUCAAGGAUGCCCUACACAGAGCUAUGGGUAGAAGCAUUUCUUAA